AUGGACGACCAUUGGCAGAACAAUGUGAACCAGCAGGGCACUGAGAUCCCCACCUACGGGGAGGGAGGCGGCCCGGAGUACCCCUACCAGGCUGACUUCCCCCAGCAGGAGGGUGGGGGGGACGAGGAUGCUAGGAGUGAUGCCACGGAAGGUCACGAUGAGGAUGCAGAGGCGAUGUACGAAGGAGAGUACCAGGGGAUCCCCCACCCUGACGAGAUCAAGGCGGCCCAGCGGGCGGCCAGGGCCGAGGCCAGGAAGAAGGCCAGGCUGGCAGCAGCGAUGCCGGAUGAGGAGGACCUGGCAGAACAGUACGAGAACAUCAUGGAAGACUGUGGGCACGGUCGUUUCCAGUGGACCCUGUUUAUCGUGCUGGGCAUGGCGCUGAUGGCGGAUGGCGUGGACGGAUUUGUGGUGGGCUUUGUGUUGCCUAGCGCCGAGAAGGACAUGUGCAUAUCCAACGCCAACAAGGGCAUGCUGGGUCUGUUGGUGUAUGUGUCGAUGAUGGUGGGGGCUUUCGUGUGGGGCAGCCUGGCGGAUAAGAUGGGCCGUAGGAAAUGUCUGAUCUACUGUCUGGCCAUCGACUGUGUCUUCAGCUUCCUGUCCUGCUUCGCUCAGGGAUACGGUUUCUUCCUCUUCUUCCGGUUCUGCUCCGGCUUCGGGAUCGGAGGGACUGUCCCCAUCGUGUACACCUACUUCGCAGAGUUCCUCCAGAUGGAUAAGAGAGGGGAGCACCUUAGCUGGCUGUGUAUGUUCUGGAUGUUCGGUGGGCUCUACGCCUCCUUCACCGCCUGGGGAAUCAUCCCUCACUACGGCUGGGGCAUUAGCCUGGGGACACAGUACCAGAUCCACACCUGGAGAGUAUUCAUUCUGGUGUGUAUGUUUCCAGCCAUCAUUGCCCUCGUUGGACUGGUCUUCAUGCCAGAGAGUCCACGCUUCUACCUGGAGAAUGGGAGACAUGACGAGGCCUGGAUGAUUCUGAGACAGGUCCAUGAUACCAACUGGAAGGCCAAGGGAGAACCUGAGAGGGUAUUCACUGUGUCCAACAUCACGACUCCUAAGACCCAGGAGGAUGAGUUCAUUGAGAUCCAGAGUGACACUGGAACAUCCUUCCAGCGCUGGACUGUCAGACACACCAACCUCCUCAAACAGGUGAUGCAGAACGUGAUGUCCCUGGCAGCACCAGACCUCAGACUGCAGGGUCUGUUCCUGGCUAUCGUCUGGUUCACCAUGGCCUUCAGCUACCACGGACUGUCGGUGUGGUUCCCUGACAUGAUCAAGUACAUGCAGUAUGAGGAGUACGAGUCCAAGGUGAAACUCUUCCAUCGAGAACGAGUGGAGCGAUUCCACUUCAACUUCUCCCUGGUCAACCAGAUCCACAAAGAGGGAGAAUAUGUCCAUGACAAGUUCAUGGAUAUAGAGAUCAAGUCUGUGAAGUUUGAAGAUUCCCUGUUCGAGAACUGCUACUUUGAGGACGUCAGGUCGACCAACACAUACUUUGAGAACUGCACCAUCAAGAACACGGUCUUCUAUAACACAGACCUUUGGGAAGACUCUAAGUUUAUAGACUGUCGGAUGGAGAAUGCCACGUUUCUCCAUCCGAAGAAAGGCUGCCAUCUGAACUUCCAGGAGGAGAACGACAUCGUCAUCUACAUGGUCAGCUUCCUGGGGAGUCUAGCGACACUGCCAGGCAACAUCCUGUCAGCCCUCUUCAUGGACAAGAUAGGAAGGAUCAAAAUUAUAGGUGGUUCUAUGCUGAUAUCAGCAGUUUGUACGUUCCUCCUGCUCCUCAGCUUCAGUCAGGGGGCAGUUAUAUUAUUUCAGUGCCUUUUCUACGCUACCAGCGUCGCGGCCUGGAACGGACUGGAGGUCAUCACAGUAGAAAUCUACCCUUCUGCUAAAAGAUGCACAGCGUUCGGAGUGCUGAACGGUACCUGUAAGCUGGCAGCCAUUAUUGGCAGCGUCAUCUUUGCCAAGUUCAUCGGCAUCACAAAGAUCAUCCCCAUUUUCCUGGCGUUCGCAGCGCUGGCCUGUGGAGGUCUGCUGGCCACCAAACUGCCCGACACACGGGAGAAGAUCCUGGAGUGAAAACAGCUAAACAUCUACAGCAUCAAGGGUUGUAACAUUCCUGUGACUUUCCAAAGGUUCUCAAAACAUCUUGGUGUGAGGAUUCCCAGACUUCCUGCUUAAACGUGGGAAUUUGGGGAAAGUUAGUGGAAUUUUGCAAAUCUUUACAACGUCACGGCCAAAUAAAGAUGUCUGUACAUAUAGUUGGGAGAGAGACUUCCACAUGUGAAGUGAGUUGUGUGUGACAGAAUAGGGGAGGGGCUUUCUGUUCCCAUGGUGAUGUAUAGAAAGAACGGUACCCUCAUCAAGACAUGUCACCAUUUUACAUUGUUUGAUAUUGUGUUUUUCUUCUGUACACCUCAAAAUACAACCCAGGUAGAGCAGGACAUGUCACUCUGUAUUUGGUAUGUUUUAAAAUGUGUUUUACAUUUUUCUAAAUUAAAAUUAAAGAAUACGAGAGAUGAGAAAUAUAUUUACUUGGAAGAUGACAGACAGUUUUACCAUGUUGUGCUUUGAUUUAAAACUAACUGUUCAGGAAAGGUAUUAGGUUGACAUUUGGGUUGGAAUUCAACUACGGCUGAGGUUUCAACGUAACGCUACUGUACGAUUCAGAACCAACUUUUCAUUGUCCUUGUUCCAUUCCAUUUUGUGAACGUUCAUCUCGGGUAGUCUGGUGCUUGAUUUGUCCCAUUUCCUCUUUGCCCUUAAUUAACUUUCCAGCUGAACCACUGAAUGUGGUUCAGAAACCCCUCCAUUCUAUUCCACACCCCCCUUCUUUCCAAGGACUCCAUUUAUAUAUAUUCAUCCCUGUGUAUCGCUCAGCAUCUGGUCUUCAGCUCCUGUUGUAUCUAUUAACCAGGACGACAACCUCUUCUGCUGUACAGUGGAUGCAUCUGUUGACAUACCAAUAUGUUUGUUGUAUUGUUUGUGUUCAGUCUCUCCUUGUCCAGAAGAGCUGUGUUCUAGAUACUGAUUCUAUUAAACCCUGUCUAGUCUGUGUUCAGUCUCUCCUUGUCCAGAAGAGCUGUGUUCUAGAUACUGAUUCUA